GGAUCUUUAAAUGUACAUUAUGACAUUGUUUGAAUGAUCAAAGGGAAGAAUCAAGAGCACAACUUGAUCAAACACUCAUCACCAGAAUGGUGUUUUUUCAUGGUGGUUCCUUUCUAUCAGGGUUACGAAUGAAAAAAUAUUUUUCCAGAUUCUAUGACUCUGAGUCAGAUACAUCACAGACUUCAUUAUACAAUCCAGAUUCAGAUACAGAUUCAGAAUCAAAUGCAGAUUGUGAUCUGAGGAUUAUUCUGGUGGGUAAAACCGGAACUGGAAAGAGUGCCACAGGAAACACUUUACUGGGACAGAAAGAUUUCAAUUCAGACACCUCACCUGAGGAGGUCACGACUGAGUGCAGCAGACGUUCUGCCACAAGAGAAGGGAAGAAAAUCUGUGUCAUUGACACGCCGGGAUUUUGCAGCACUGCAACAACUGACAAAGUAGGCAAACUGAAGACACAUUUGGAGAGAUGUGUUAGACUGAGUGUUCCUGGUCCUCAUGUCUUUCUGCUGGUGCUCAAUCUGGGUGUGAGAUACACAGCCGAGGAGGCAACCGCCGUAAAACAGAUCCAGGAGAACUUUGGGAAAGAUGCUGUAAGAUACACCAUCGUUCUGUUCACUCACGCUGAACAGCUGAGACGUAAAACAUUAAAAGAAUACGUAGAAGAAAGCAAACAUCUGAAGAUGCUUACAGACAGCUGUGGAGGCAGAUAUCACGCAUUCAACAAUGAAAACAUGGCCAACAACACUCAGGUCAGAGAUCUUCUGAAGAUGAUUGAGAAAAUGAUAAGGGAAAAUGGAGAAGAGUAUUACACAAAUGACAUGUUCAAAGAAGCUCAGAAGAAGAUUAAAAGAAAAAAAACUUUGAAAAGAGCAGGAGAUGUUGCUUUAGGAGUUGGAUCAGCAAUAGGAACAGGAGCGGCUAUAGCAGGAGGUGUUGUGUUGGGUGUGACUGAGGCUGUGGCUUUACCUGCAGUCGUUUUAGCAGCCGGAUGCGCAGCCGGGGUGGGGUUGGGUGUCAAACUUGUCGUGAACAAGGUCAAAGAGAAAAAAGAGAAAGAAGGCUAAACGUAUAGAUAUUUCAUUCCAUUAAUAAACAUGCAGGUUUUGUUGUUGAAAACUAAAUAGUUCCUGUAUAACACCUGAACAGCAAUGGAUUUAUCUUUUGUCUUCUGUGCUUUAUACUCUGCUGGGAGCAUAUUUGAGUCCACAUUUUUAAAGAGUUAAAGUAACAGUGAAGCCGAAUUUAAGCAAAUGUGACCUGGGACAACAAAACUAGUCUUAUAUAAUAGUUAAUAAUUAUUUAGUUAUAUAAUACUUAACUACAGAAUAAUUAAGUUUUCUGUGGAUGUAUGGAUUGUUAGGAUAAGACUGUAUGUGGUGGAGAUACAACCAUUUAAAUGCCCUUGAAUCUGAGGGAGCAAUAAAAAACAAAAUAUUAAGAAAAUCCCCUUAGAAGUUGAUAAUCAAAGUUGCUGUAGCAGGCCAUCCACUCGCAAAAAUAAAGUUUUUAUAUAUUUAAGGUAGGAAAUGUGCAAAAUAUCAGAUUUUUGGCAUAAAAGAAAAAUCGAUUAAUUUGACCCAUACAAUGUAUAUUUGUCUUUUACUAAAAAUGUUCCUGUGCUACUUAAGACUGGUUUUGUGAUCCAGGGUCACAUUAAGAUGAUUAAUGAAGUGAUGAUUAAUUGUUGCUUUUAAAUUUCUUAAGAGUAUACUUUCAUUAAAACAAGAUCACUCAGAGUUAGUCACGAAUGCAAAAUUAAGACUGAUAUUAAUGAAACACCUCUACGCACGUAAAAAUGUCACAACUGUACCAAUUAUCAUCAAUAUGUUUCAUAAUAAUAUUGCUUUUGUUUGACUGUUUUUAAUGUGCUUCAUAAAUACUUCUUAACAGCUAAUCUUAAAAUAAGAAAAGAUAAGACACUAACUAAAGGAAAUACUAAACACUAUUAGGUUGACUUCUUGUUGUUCAUGUUUUCUUCAGUGAUUGAUUUAUUGAUGAUUAACACCAGCUGAUAAUAAUUAUCACUUCAUUAAUCACCUUAAUUAUCUCCUUAACUUUAACUCUCGUAACAUGUGGACUGAAAUAUUUUCCCAGCAGAGUUAAUUUUACUCCGGGAUUUUUGCUCUUUACCUUGUACUGUACAGAAGGUUAUGUUGAGGUUGUGCUUUUGGAGUUCUGCUUGUUUUCUUUUAAACCUUUCUGAGGCAUUAGGGAUGUCGUUUAGGGGUAAACAUAGUUGGAAUUUUGUUCUGUUGCAUUCCUUUAUGUUGACAAAGCAAAUUUAGAAAAUGAUUUAUGAUGAAAGCUGUAAAGUGACACAUUGUAAAGCAUAUUUUAAAAAGUAAAUGGUCACAGCACCGUGACAAAGUUGAGUCAGGAUUGACAGUUUUACUAUGGGCUUUAAGGAACAUUUUGUCAUGUUAUUCUUAACUUUCACAAAUUCUCUCACAAAAGAACUCUUCUUGUUCUCAUAAGAUGUUUAUUAAUCUUGUCUUCAUCUAACAAAACUAGACUUGCCAAAAACUCACUGGUGUUGAGAAUAAAUCUAAUAUGUUUAAUAGAUUGUAUUCAAAAAUGUCAUUUUAUCUUCUUUGAUACGUUGUCUCAGCUCCAAAUUUGCUGAGGGGUAUUCCUCAGAGAACGUGUUUGUAGAGGCUCAGGAUUUUUCUGCAGGAGACAUGAGUAAAGAUCGCAUUGAAGAACCACCCGCCCAAAAAUGAGAUUGUUUCUGAAUGGUUGACACUGACAGUUGCCAACAAUCACCAGUUUUCAGGAUUGAAUAUGAGUUAUGAAUGUUGUAAAUCAAAAGUAACAUCAAAUGUUUAUAAAUCUUAAGUGGAACAAAAUAAACAUGCACAGC